CACUUGCCUGGUGGCAAGAAGAUAACCACAAAAUUUUAAACUCAAAAAUAAUCGUUUAAAAUAAUGAUAAAUCUUUAACAAUUAUGCAGAAUAUUCGCGGAUUUAAUAUAGUCUCGGCCGCAAUAAACACUUUUCCCUUGAACCAAUCAAAAAUUCUUUUUAGAAAUAGCAUCGACAAUUUAGGGAGGUUGCAAAUUCGUUGCAAGCGGGAUGAUUCUUCCAAGAUUUCGUCUCUUUUCGUGCCCGUGCAAAUCAGCCCCAACUCGGAUGACAUUAACGUGGGCGCGGAGCUGACCGGGGACGUGAAUAAAACCGAUUUGUUGAAGAUUUUAAACAGAUUUUACCAAAAACCCGAAAUUAAACAUCUGUUGUCCGACAAUGGUUUAGACGCGUAUUUGCAGCAUCAGGCGUAUGUAAGUUUUAGGAGAUAUUGCCUAGAGGCGACAGCCUUGCCGGUCGAUUUACACGUAGUCGUCAGCGAUAUUUUGCAAGGCGCUGGUAACGACACGGACAUAUUCCCGUACUUUUUACGGCACGCCAAGCAAAUGUUUCCCCAUCUGGAAUGCAUGGAUGACUUGAAGAAAAUUUCUGAUCUUAGGUCACCUCCAAAUUGGUAUCCCCAGGCGAGAGCUAUGACGAGGAAGUUCGUGUUUCACGCGGGGCCAACGAACUCGGGCAAAACUUACCACGCGUUGGAACGUUACAUGACGGCCAAAUCUGGCGUGUACUGCGGGCCCCUUAAGCUGCUCGCCGCCGAAGUUUACCAGAAAAGCAACGACAGGGGCACCCCAUGCGACCUUGUUACUGGGGAAGAGAGGAAGUUCGCGGACCCCUCUGGGGCUCUGUCCGCCCAUGUUUCGUGCACUGUGGAAAUGGCUGCCGUUAACAUGCCAUAUGAGGUGGCGGUUAUAGACGAAAUACAAAUGAUCAAAGACCAACAGCGAGGCUGGGCCUGGACCAGAGCCCUAAUGGGCGUAAUGGCCGAAGAAAUUCACUUAUGCGGCGAGCCGGGCGCCAUAGACCUGGUUAAGCAGCUCUGCUUAACGACCGGAGAAGAUUUGGAGGUUAGGAAUUAUAAAAGGUUGACCAGUUUGACCAUGGAACACAGUGCACUGGGGAGCCUGGAUAAAGUGCAGCCUGGAGAUUGUAUCGUGUGUUUUAGUAAAAACGACAUUUACUCAGUAUCGAGGGAGAUCGAGGCUAGCGGUCGUGAGGUGGCCGUCAUCUAUGGCGGGCUGCCGCCCGGCACAAAACUGGCCCAGGCGGCUAAAUUUAACGAUCCAGAGAACAGUUGCAAAAUCCUAGUCGCCACGGAUGCCAUCGGGAUGGGUCUGAAUUUGAGUAUAAGAAGAAUCAUAUUUUAUUCCCUCAUCAAGCCCACCAUGAAUGAAAAAGGAGAGAGGGAGAUGGACACAGUCUCAGUUUCCACCGCCUUGCAGAUUGCGGGUAGAGCGGGAAGGUACGGCACUCAAUGGGAAAAAGGUUACGUGACUACGUUUAAACCUGAGGAUUUAUCUACGCUGAAUACGUUGCUGUCUUCCCAGCCGGAACCGUUAACCCAAGCCGGCCUGCAUCCCACCGCCGAUCAAAUCGAGCUUUACGCUUACCAUCUGCCCAAUUCGACCUUGAGCAAUCUUAUGGACAUAUUCGUCAGUCUGUCGACGGUAGACGAUUCGUUGUAUUUCAUGUGCACGACGGAGGAUUUCAAAUUCCUGGCGGACAUGAUCCAACACGUGCCUUUGUCACUGAAGGCGCGUUACAUAUUCUGCUGCGCGCCAAUCAACAAAAAAAUGCCCUUCGUGUGCACCAUGUUCUUAAAGUUUGCCAGGCAGUACAGCAGGAACGAGAAGAUCAGUUUUGACUGGCUGUGCAGGAACAUCGGGUGGCCAUUGCAGCCGCCGAAAACCAUAAUUGAUUUGGUCCAUUUGGAGGCGGUGUUCGAUGUUCUCGACUUGUACUUGUGGCUCAGUUAUCGUUUCAACGAUUUGUUCAACGACGCGGAGCUCGUCCGCGACAUGCAAAAGGAACUGGACCAGAUAAUCCAGCAGGGCGUGGUCCAGUUGACCAGGUUGUUGAAAAACUCGGAGACGGGAAUCAGUUCGGGGACUUCGGCGGCCGACGACGACGAGUUCGACAGUCACCGAAAGAAACAGAGGUACCUGAGGGGCGGGGAUCAUCGGCAGAGGGCGGGGGUGGGGCAAGGCCGGCUGACCGAGAGGUUGUUGGCGCACGGUAUUUUAACGCCCACGAUGCUGCACGAACUGAAGAAGGAGUGGAACAAAAAGGACAAGGAGCUGAGCGGGGACGAUGGCAGUGACAAGCCACCAACGAAGCCCGGCAGGAGGCGCAAACCGUAACGAGACUAUUAAAGAUUUUCGAAAUUCACCGGAGUUUUAUUUCAUGUAUAUAUCGGGUGAGUCAGCGUGAAAUUCAUUUUUUCAUUAGUUUCGAAAGUUAUGAGAUAA